AUGGUUCAAGAACUUCCAAAUUAUAACGAUUUUGACACACUGUUACAAGCAUUCAAAGCAAAUGCGGCCCGCUUCAAGAACAACACACUACUUUACUACCAGUUACAAAAGUCACCCGAACUAGAGAAGCUGACUUAUGGCCAAGUCGACAAAAUCUCGACUCAUCUCGCAAAUACAUGGAGACCGAUAGUACCUGCCGGCACGCAAUGCAUUGCUUUAUUGAGUGAAGACACGACGCAAGCUGUACUUGCAUUCUUCGCUGUACUAAAGCUUGGCUUUAUCUAUUUUCCCUUAUCAACCCACAAUACCGAAGCGGCGAAUGUCCAUAUGAUCAAGAAAACUAACACAAGCUACAUGGUUGCUUCGGAAACAUACCGCAAAGACGCCAUGGGAUGUGCGGCUGCUUUAACCGACUCGAAUUUCCGCGUCAAGAUUUGGGAUGACUUUGACAUUGAUCAGCUUAUUGCGUCAAGUGAAGCUUUUGUCAGUACUCCACAAGAUGAGGAUAGCACCAGUAGACAGCGCGAAGGCACAGUGACUGCAGACCCAGAUGCUAUUAUUACAUGGCUCCAUAGUUCUGGGACAACCUCCGCGUUACCGAAGCUUAUCUCUGGGAGUACACGGUCGCACUUGUUUUCAGUCCUGGAGAUCGUCUUGAAACCGAUUCAAAAAGUCUGUCCAUACUUGGCGGUGGGACCGAGCGACGUUAUUUUGAUAACAGACAAGUUUUUUCACGCACCUUCGAUCUUUACGCUUAUAAUGAGUGUGUUGACCGGUGCGAGUAUUUUAUUGCUCAAUUGUGAGAAUCCCAUACCUCUAGAUAAUCUUGCUGCUGCCGAUGCUAGUGGAGCGACCGUCUUAAUAACGACACCGGCUUUCUUGGACAGGCUGGCCAAGUAUCUGAAACAUUGUACAAAUGAUGAGCGCCAUGCAGCGACCUUGCAGCGUUUCAAGUUCAGUUUGACCACUGGAUCACCACUUCGGAAGGCAGUUGGAGAUUAUUUGCAUUCCAAGGGAUUAAACGUUCGAAAUGCGUACGGAAUGACAGAAGUUGGAUGCGUUAGCCUUUCAAACUUUGAGGAUAACGAUCGAUGGGCUAACAUUGAACCUAGUAAUGCGUUGCUACGCUACACGACUUUUGAGCCAUAUGAAAAAGAUCUGCAUCAACUUAUCUUACACAGCAGCUAUCCUGCCUUACGUGGCGCUAAUGACCGGCCCACUGGUGAUCUCGUGACAGGGGAUCUGUUCGUAAAAGAUUCGACAAGGCCCGGAAAUUGGAUGUUUGCAGGCAGGAAGGAUGAUCUAAUCUUUACGGGCUUCGGGGAAAAGCUGAAUGUAGUACCUAUGGAAGAGGAGGUUUGCAACGAGGAUAUAAUACGCAGCUGCAUUAUUGUCGGCGAAGACCGGCCGUGCACUACUGCAUUGGUGGAACUGAACAUGGAUGAAGAUCCUCAUUGCUCUUCAGCGGAAAUGACAUCAAGGGUGUAUACAGCAGUGAAUCGAGCGAACAAACAUGCGCCUUUCCAUGGACUCGUUGCUGUUCCUGACAUGGUAUACAUCCUUCCGCCCAAUAAACAGUUACCAACUACCGUAAAAGGAUCGGUCAAACGUCAAAAGGCAAUCGAAAUUUUUAAUCAAGAGCUGGAUGAAAUGUAUCGCAUCUAUAAUCAGAAGGUCGUCGGAGAAUUCUCAGCUGGAAGUGGGUUUAAAGUGAGGGCAAAGGAGGAGUAGUUUGUAUUCAUGUAAUUUGAUGUUCAUAGUUCUCUCGUCUUUUUGUGUUAUCAUUUGAUAAUAAGUAUUAUUUUCACUUCUUGCCAGCUCAAUUCCACUCCCGUAAAUUUAUAAUAUAUGUG